AUGCCGACGCUAACGACUGCGCGUGUGGUAUUCCUGGCUCAACCGCGCGUCAACGCGCUAUUGCACGUCCAGCAACUCGUGUCUCAGUUCAUUGACGUGUCUCCGAGCUGGUCGCUACCUUGUGCUGCCGAACGGGGCUUCGUCCACCUCGUACGACGGUGGCUGACCACUUUGAACACGUCCAAUCUCAAUGAAAUUGCAGAAAUUCGCGCUGCAGUGCGGAACGCAGCAGCGAACGGUUAUUUGACUAUCAUAGAGAUCUUAUUGAGUCACUACCCGCAGGCAGUGAUCGACGAGACUCUAGUUCUGCGGGCAGCGUCCAACGGCCAUGCGGACGUACUGCGCUGGCUUCGUCCGAGACUCCUCAAGGUGCUGCCUUGCUAUGAAGAGUACAAUUUUUACUCACAGAAAAGCGUGGCUGCAGCUGCGGAGAACGGGCACUUAACGGUAGUGCAGUGGCUCUUGGAUGCUCAGGAUGCCGGUGUUUUGACGGAGACGCAUCUGCACCAAGCCGCGGCGAGAGGAGGUCACUUAGAAGUUGUCAAGUGGCUACGAACGAAUUUAGCGGAAGAUAUUGAGUCUCAAGGUCUGGAUGAAGCAGCAGCGGGUGGAUUCUUGGACGUGGUUGAGUUCUUACAUACUGAGUGGGAGGAGGCGAAGCUUGAGAGUAACCGAGUGAGUUGCCCCGCGACUUCGAAAGCGAUGAACGGUGCGGCGAGUAAUGGCCACGUGGAAACGGUCAAAUGGCUUCAUGAGUACCGCGAUGAAGGGUGUACAAUGGAUGCGAUGAAUAAAGCAGCGUGGAAUGGACAUUUGGCAGCUGUGAUAUGGCUGAAUGACAACAGAACGGAAGGUUGCACGCAGCAAGCGAUGAACAUGGCUGCAAAAGGAGGACACUUGGAUGUUGUGCAGUUCCUCCAUGAGAAUCGUACUGAAGGCUGCACGUAUAACGCGAUGGACUGGGCAGCUCAGGAAAAUCAUCUCGAGAUUGUUCAGUGGCUGCAUGCUAACCGUUGCGAAGGGUGCUCACGUCUUACAAUGAACGAAGUAGCGAAGCGCGGACACUUCGAAAUGCUCAAAUGGCUACAUGACAACCGGACUGAGGGCUGCACCGUUGCAGCUAUGAACGCUGCUGCGACCCACGGGCAUCUUGAUAUAGUGCAAUUCCUGCAUAGCAACCGGUCCGAGGGAUGCACCACAGCAGCAAUGGACGGCGCAGCGGAGAACAAUCACCUCGAUAUCGUCCAGUGGCUCCACCAUAACCGCAGUGAAGGAUACGGGGCUGCUGCCAGAGGGGACUUUGUGGUGCUGGAAUGGCUUCGCUUAGAGUGUCGCCAAGACAUUGAGGAAUGGCCGAUAGACGCAGGACGCACGGCAGUCACGAGUGAUCGCGUUGAAGUACUGCACUGGCUGCUAAAACACUUUGCUGCACCUAAACCACACCGUAAAGUGCUUUACGAUCUCGCACAGAAUUUUUUGCUCAAUCGGGCGCAUAUCAUGGCAUAUCUCGAUGGCUACUGGACGGUUGAAGCUUGA